CUAAAAUAAUGGCUAUGCCCAAUAAUAGACCACGGUCUUAUUCAGUAAAGUACAUUUUAUGAUUUUAUCCGUUUAUUUUUUAUUCUGUAAAUUCUGGAAUACCAGAGACAAAAGGCUCAUCCUUAUUUGUCAAACGUCGCUAUUAUCGUUAGUUACAGGUUUCAGUUUUCGAUUGAUAUAAAUUUGUUCACAUAUAACUGACUGGUUAUUACUUGGCAGAAUCUUCCAACUGCUUGGAUCGAUAGUUUAUUUUAGUGAAGCAUCGCCUCGAUUCAGGAGUGCAGGGAGAAUGUCUCCCAGUAGACGUAUCCAUACCUCUGAGAUGUAUUAUGUUCAAAAUAGUUUAAGGCGUUUAAAGGGUGCAUUGUGAUUUUUGACUGUUUACUUUUAGUUUUGUGCAAUGUCUUAAUGCGUCACUGAUCUUUACAGUAGCAUAACCACCAAAGUACCAAAAGACCUAUCAGCGUUUGCAUUGUUGAGUUUCAUAAUCAAUAUAAUGGCUGCUAUAGCGAACAAACAGUACAACUAUGCACACAGGCCCUAGCGAUGAGACGAGGCUUUAACGAUAAAAAAAAAAAAAAACUACAGUAAAAUGGGCACAAAGAAUGAGAGUGGAAACUUGAAAUUAAAACUUCUCACCGAAGAUUACUUGCGGGAUCAGAUAGCGAGGAGAACUGCCAAUAAUGAGAGAAAUAUUGAACGGACUGUCAGUAAAAGGAGUAUAUUUUCAAAAGAAGAGGAAGAAGAAGAAGAAACAGAGAUUAAGACAUAUGACGUGGAUCUUUUGCCUUCCAAACCACUUCCAGAGAGAUAUGGAACAAUACCUAAGCCCUUUUUAGGAAGACCAAUAGAAGAAUUAGAUCCUGCAAGGGGAGACGACCAGACAUUCAUGGUUGUUGGAGAAAGAUUCAAAGGAAAGACGUCACUGUACAGAUUCUCGGCGUCAAACGCGUUGUUUGUCUUUUCACCUAUCAAUCCAAUUCGGAGGAUCAUGCUGUUUAUUCUCUCACAUAGAUUAUUUGAUAUAUGUGUAAUUCUUACCAUAUUAGUCAACUGUAUAUUUUUAGCAAUGGAUGUACCUAGACCAGAAGACGAACACGUACCAAUUCACUUGGAAAUUGCCGAGUAUUUAUUCACUACAAUAUAUUCUAUUGAGAUGGUCGUGAAGGUGAUAGCUAGAGGGUUUGUGUUACGAGAAUUCACAUAUCUCAGAGAUCCUUGGAAUUGGCUCGAUUUCUUGGUCAUCUUAUUAGCGUAAGUGUCGAUAUCGAUAUUCUCCAUGCUUUCCAUGAAAAUGACGCUUCAAC